AUGGCUGACCAGCGGCUGUGCUCGGGCAGACGGACCAAGUGGGUAAUUGCUGUCAUCGCCACCGUGGCUCUGGUGGUCACUGUCACAAUGGUCCUGAUCUUCACCCUGCCACAGUCAGGCUGUAAGCAGGAGGCCUGCCGCCCCAAUGGGGACAUGCUGGACUAUCUGAUAAGCCUGGGCCAGAUCAGCCACCGAGACGGCUUGCAAGUCACCUGGUACCAUGCGGCUAACAGCCAGGAAGAGCUGAAGGCUGCCCUGAACGGCAAUACCAUGGUCUUGGAGGCUGAUGUCACUGUAGAAGGGCUCAACACAGCCAAUGAGACGGGGGUCCCCAUCAUGGCACACCCCCCAGCUAUCUACAGUGACAACACACUGCAGCAGUGGCUGGACACUGUGCUGUCCUCUUCCCAGAAAGGGAUCAAACUGGACUUCAAGAGUAUCAAGGCCGUGGGCCCCUCCCUGGACCUCCUGCAGCAGCUGACAGGGGAAGGCAGAGUCCGGAGGCCCGUGUGGAUCAACGCCGACGUCCUCAGGGGCCCCAACGUGCCCAUCUCAGUUGAGGUCAAUGCCACACAGUUCCUGGCCCUGGUCCAGGAGAAGUACCCUGAGGCCACCCUGUCCCCAGGCUGGACCACCCUCUACGUGCCCCUGUUCCCGAACAGGACGUACACCCGAGACAUGGUGGAGAAGAUGCAGGAGCUGGUGGGGACACUGCCACAGAGGGUCACCUUCCCUGUGCGGGCCGUCAUGGUACGGGCUGCCUGGCCCCACUUCAGCUGGCUGCUGGGCCAAUCCGAGAGGUACAGCCUGACACUGUGGCAAGGCGCCUCAGACCCCGUGUCAGUGGCCGACCUGCUGUACAUCCGGGACAACAGCGCUGCCCACCAAGUCUACUAUGACCUCUUUGAGCCUGUCCUGUCCCAGUUCAAGCAGCUGGCCUUGAAUACCACACGGAGGCGAAUCUACUACACGGGGGGCAGCCUGAUCCCUCUUCUCCAGCUGCCCGGGGAUGACAGUCUGGCUGUGGAGUGGCUGGUUCCUGGCGUCCAGGGCAGUGGAAGAACAGCCACAGUGACCCUCCCAGGGAGAGAAGGCAUGAUCCUAUUGAACAUCAGCCUCCAGGAAUCUGCAGCUGAGGACCCUGUACCCAUUGUCCGUGCCCAAGGUGGCUCUGUCCUGACACUGGAGUCAUGCCUGCGGCAGCUGUCCUCUCAUCCUGGACACUGGGGUGUCCACCUCCAAAUAGCAGAGCCUACAGCCCUCCGGCCAUCCUUGGCCUUGCUGGCACGCCUCUCCACCCUCCGCCUCCUGCCUUGGCCUGUGUGGUUUGGGGCCACCAUCUCCCAUGGGAGUUUUGUGGUCCCUGGCCACGUGGCUGGCAAAGAGUUGCUUACAGCUGUGGCUGAGAUCUUCCCCCAUGUGACUGUGGCACCAGGCUGGCCUACAGAGGCGCUGGGAAGUGGCUAUGGGGAACAUAUGCUCACAGACAUGCUGGAGCUAUGCCGGGGGCUCUGGCAACCUGUGUCCUUCCAGCUGCUGGCCAGGCCGCUGGGCCAAAGCACAGCUGGAGUCGUGGCCAAGCUGCUGGCGGCCUCCCCCCGGGCCACUGUCACAGUGGAGCACAUCCCUGUCAGAGGGGACUAUGCCUCUGUGAAGGCUGUGUUGCUGACAGCCAGGGCUGUGGACAGGACCCGAGUCUACUACAGGCUGCCCCAGGAGUACCGCAAGGACUUGCUGGCAGAUGUUGGCAGGAACUGAGCACCCAGCAGCGGUGGGCCGGUGGGCCUCAGAGAGAAGGCUUCCCAUGGGGGAGGCAGGGAGGAAUAAAUCCCUGUCUUCUCCA